AGGCGUGGGACACAAAACUACCCAACUCUCUUCAUUUACUUUCAUAGGCAUAUUAGAUCUAGACGGGACCAUGUCCAAGGACAUAAUACCCCAAGAAGAGCCCACAAGGCCAAAGAAGGACAAGAAGCGAAAAAAGGCGAAAAAGCCUGACGAUCCUGCCAGCGAGGAGCCCAGAGACAAGCCAGCUGAAAAGAAGGACAAAAAAGACAAGAAGAAGAAACACAAGGAGCUUCAUGAUCCCGAGGUUAUUGCUGCUGCUGUUUCCGAGGAUGCGGAGAUGGACGUAGAUCCUCCAGAAGGACGCGUCAAGGAUGAGAAGAAGUCAGUUUCUAACACUGAGGAGACUGCCAUCGAGAUAGCUGUUGCUACACCAUCUGUGUCCAAGGACAAGAAAAAGAAAAAGAAGCACAAAGAAGCCAAAGGCUCAGGUGACACUGACCCAAGUCCUGAUGGCGAAAAAGCUUCGAAAACGCACAAAAAACGCAAGCGUGAUACCGCGCAAGAAAUAGACUCAACAGACAAACCUAGCCCCUCCAAGAAGCACAAAAAGAAAAAGCAUGACCGCGAUUCGGAAUCCACUCCUGCCGACACUGCAGCAACUUCCCAACAACCCACGUUAGCUACCCCAUCCUCGCAGCCCUCAACAAAACCAUGUUCUUCUACCGAAGCAGAAGCCUUUCUCAGAAAGCACAACAUCACCAUCAGCACCCAGACGCACGGCGACGCCGUUGUACCCGUAAUAUCGUUCGACCAGUUAAAUAUACCGGAUGGCCUACGGGGCGCCUUCACUGGAUUUAAAGAGCCUACUCCAAUACAAGCGUGUACAUGGCCGCCUGCGCUUAAAGGGAAUGACGUAGUGGGUAUUGCGGAGACAGGAAGUGGGAAGACUCUGGCAUUUGGCAUACCUGCCCUCGCACGGCUCAUCUCUUUACCCGAAAAGCCGAAGAAGAAAGAAAGUACAGUAUCUGUACUCGUCGUCGCCCCGACGCGUGAGCUUGCGAUCCAGACUCACGAUGCACUCUCUGCACUGGGCGCACCGUUUGGCAUUGCUAGUGUCGCAGUGUUUGGUGGCGUCCCGAAGGACGCGCAAGUCAAAGCACUGGCAAAUGGGAACAUAGAUGGGAAGAUCACGAGAAUUGUUGUUGGGACACCGGGGCGCAUAAUCGACUUAGUUCAUGAUGGCGUAUGUGACUUGAGCAGGGUGAAUUAUCUCGUGCUAGACGAGGCUGAUCGAAUGCUGGAUAAAGGAUUUGAAAAUGAUAUCACGAAAAUUAUUUCAUAUACUAUUCAAGGGGAAGGGCGCCAGACCAUGAUGUUUAGUGCAACAUGGCCCGAAGCUGUUCGUCGAUUGGCGAGUUCUUUCCAGCACAACCCUGUUCGAGUCACUGUUGGAAGCGAUGAUCUUACGGCAAACAGUCGCGUUGAGCAAGUCGUCGAAGUCUUUGAUGAUCCCCGCGAAAAAGACAAUCGGCUUCUCAAGUGCCUCAAAGCCCUGUCACAUAAGAAAACGUCACGCAAAGGCUCCGAUGAGGCCCGCGUCCUGAUCUUUGCCCUCUACAAGAAAGAGGCAACACGUAUUGAACAGUCACUAAGGCGUGCAGGCUACGACGUCGGUGCAUUACACGGGGACAUGUCGCAAACUGCACGCAUGGAUGCUCUUGAAAAGUUCAAGACCGGGGAAACGGGUUUACUGGUGGCCACGGAUGUUGCUGCACGGGGGCUGGAUAUUCCCAAUGUUGGUGCUGUCAUAAAUUACACCUUUCCGCUGACACUUGAAGAUUACAUCCACCGAAUUGGGCGUACGGGUCGAGGCGGACGCUCCGGUAAAUCCAUUACCUUCUUCACGGGAGAAAACCACGAGCGAGCGUUAGCAGGAGAGCUUGCACGUGUGCUGCGCGAAGGCGGGUUCGAUACUCAGGCAGACAAUCUGAAACAGUUCCCGAUGACGAUCAAGAAGAAGGGACAUGCUGCAUAUGGGGCUUUCUUCCGCGAUGAUAUCACUGCCGCGCCCACGAAGAUAGUGUUUGAGUAGUGCUGGCAAGGAUGACCGGACACUUGUGCUGGCGGGGACGCAUGGAAAUAACGGUCUAGUUUUUAUAUAAGACAUGGCGAACUGUAUUGCGUGUCAUCUCGUACAUGCAACUAUGAUGGCGCCUAGGCGGUCAUUUUAUUUGUCGAGUUUUCGUGGUAGAUAAGCAGUAUGCGGCACUUUUGCCAAACUUGACAGC